GGUGUGUAUUUGGCCAAUAGGAAAUGAAGAAAAAUAUUGGUGUUGCUUAGUAGAGAAGAAAUUCUCCCUAAGAACAAUCAACAACGAAGAAGACUUGUUUAUUCUCUCAACAUACAGCUUUUCUAGUUGGCUUUUUGUAUAAAUUGAGAGAGUUAUAAAUGGAUCAGAUAUUGAACAAGGUUGGUUCCUACUGGAUUGGUCAGAAAGCCAACAAGGAGAUCAAUUCUGUCGGUGAUGACAUUAAUUCCCUGCAAAGCAGUAUCGAGGGAGGAAGCAAAUGGCUGGUGAACAAGCUUAAAGGAAAAAUGCAAAAGCCAUUGCCAGAACUGCUGAAGGAGUAUGACAUUCCAGUAGGCAUUUUCCCUCGUGAUGCCACUAACUACGAGUUUAAUGAAGAAACCAAGAAGCUCACUGUCUAUAUUCCUUCAGUAUGUGAGGUUGGUUACAGGGAUUCGUCUGUAUUGCGCUUCUCUACCUCUGUUACUGGGUACUUGGAGAAAGGAAAGCUGGCUGACAUAGAGGGAAUGAAAACGAAGGUUAUGAUUUGGGUAAAAGUUACUGCUAUUUCAUCUGAAAAAUCGAAGCUUUAUAUCACGGCUGGGUUGAAGAAAUCCCGUAGUAGGGAGGCUUAUGAGGUCUUGAGAGAUGGAUUCACUGUAGAUAAAUUCUAGUGUGAUCAACUCGUUAUGAACAUUAAAACCGUAAUAUAUUCUGAUGCCUUUAAAGGGCAUUCUAGCUCUUACUUGGUUCUUUGUUUGAGUUGUAGUUAUGACUGCUAUGUGAUACAGUUGUGUUAAUAUUUGUAACUUUGAUUUUAAUUGUAACGUUCAUUGCACUUAUGAAAUAUAAACACGUGAAUCUUUUAUAACUA